CCACCAGCGCGUCGCGUCGCGCCUCUUGGAUUAGCCGUGCCAGUACGCCGUGCCCUGGCAGUGCGCCGUGCCACGACGACAGUGCCACGCCGCGGGAGUGAUUUUGGUUUCGUGUUGCGUCCAGCCUCAGGACGCCUUCCUUAGUCGCCGCCGAACCAGCACGUUGUCGCCGCCACGGGCGCCCAGGGCGCCGUCGUAGUGACGUCGCCGGGCAGCACGGCGGCGGGGCAGGGACAGGCGGGGCGCAGCGCCUGGCACCAUCUCGCCGGCGUCGUCCCGUCCGUGCCCUGGCUCCUGCAGCGAGACAUGCAUGAGCUGCCCAGGCUGCACCCUCAUACCGCGCCCCAGCAGCCCCAGCCGACGCACCCACACCAGCCGCCGCCGCCGCCGCAGCACCAGCCGCCGCCGCCGCCACAUCCUCAGGCCGCGCCGCCGCCGCCGCAUCCGCAGCAACUGCACCGCGAGCACGACAACACCAUCAGGCUCCCCGAGCCGCAGCAGCAGCAGCCUCCACCGCCGCAGCACCACCAGCAGCCACCGCAGUCCGCGCCGCCGACGCAGCAGCAGCAGCAGCAACAACAGCAGCAGCAGCAGCAGCAGCAGCAACGCAUCACCCUAGGCGCAGUCGGCACUUCCCCGUCGGGCCGGCCGUGGUCGCUUUCGGAGGAGCAGAAGCAGCGCAAGCGCGACCGGGAGAAGCUCCGCCGCGAGCUCAACCAGCACACGCUGUCGGACGAACAGAAGCAACGCAAACGCGACCGGGAGAAGCUGCGCCGGGCCUUGGGCCUGGUCCCGGCCCUCACCGAAGAGCAGAAACGGCGCAAGAGUGAGCGAGAGAAGCAGCGCCGGGCUAUGCUCAAGGAGACGGGCCAGCUCCCGGUCCGUGUUCGUGGCAAGAAAGCACAGUUACUACGAGACCAAGCACAAGAACUACAGCAGCAGCAGCUGACCCAGCUGCAGCAGCAGCACGACAUGCAGCAGCAGCAGCUAGCCCAGCAGCAGCAGCAGGAGCGCAUCGCCCUGCUCGAGUCGCAGCACCAGACGGCCUACCAGCACCACCACCACCUCCUGCUGCUCCACCACCACCACCUGCACCCGGGGCACCACCACCUGCACCCCGGACACCCACUCCACACUUCAUCAGGUUCCUCGGUUCACCCGGGGGGCCUGCUCCCCGAGGGAACCGCCCUGCCGCCCUCGGGGGACCCGACGCACCUGGGCAAGGGCAACAGUGAUCCACUCAAGACGACGCCGCCGCCGAAGCGGUCGCGGCUCUCGGAAGAGCAGAAGGCUCGCAAGCGGGAGCGGGAGCGCGAGCGCCGCGCCAUGAUGGGCCAGUGGCGCGUGGUGACCGACGAGCAGCGUGCGCGCAAGCGCGAGCGCGAGCGCCAGCGGCGCCUCAUGAAGCUGUGCACGCUCUCGGAGGACCAGAAGGCGCGCAAGCGCGAGUACGAGCGCCAGCGGAGGGCCAUGCGCGCCGAGAUGACGGGCAGGCCGCCCACCAUGGUCCCCAUGCCGACGGGCAUCACGGGCAUCGCCGGCAUCCUGCAGCCGGUGGACACGAGCGCGCCGCCCGUCUCCCUCGUGGUGCCCGUCGCGCCCGUCAACCCCGGGGAGCAGUAGCCGUGGCUGGGUGUCCUGGAGAGGCUGGAGAGGUCGAGGGGGACGCGCUUCGACCCGGUCCAGAGGCGAUUCGUCUGGGCAUGACGGUCAUCGAUGAGAACGACAUUUUUUGGUGAUCUACCUUAUUGGCGGGACCAGCAACCAACACGACUCCGCCCAUCUCUGACAUGCCGACAACUCCGCGCCGCGCUGCCGCACUGCGGCCGGCGCCUCCUGCUCCACGGUGACGGCGAACAAGACUGUCUCUGCGCCGCCUCGCCCACGCCUGGUCCGCCUGGUCAUCGGCGUGCUCUCGGCACCACCCCCUUCCAAUGGCAUAGCAACGAAACCUCCUGCCGCCGUGGCCGUGACGCGGGUCAGCCUGGUGGCAACCCCACAGGGAAGUCCACCCUGCGGCAGCCUGGUGGCAACCCCUGAGGGAAGUCCCACCUGCGGCAGCCUGGUGGCAACCCUAGGUAGCCCUGCGGCUCCCCUCGGCACGUCCACAGCAACUCUCCGGGACUCCCGAUAGUUACACAUUCCUGUCGCACUCCGCGCCAUCAUUUUGUUUAUUUUUUUUCUUCGUUUUUUUUUUUUUUUUUUUGUAAUUGCGUGCGACACGUGGCUAUUGGACUGAAGUUGCUAGCUCGCGCUCUAUGAGCCUUCUGUAAUUCGUAGGGACUGGUGAUCUCAUAUUAUAGUUUAGUACGUUUCUAUUAUUCUUAGUUAAGUAAUUGUCGGAAAGGACAACAAAAUAUUCGUAAGAUGUGCAAUGUAUUGUGUUGAUUUUACACUUCUGUACUUUAAUCUUUCAACCGAAUUAAGCAGGUCCCUAAGCAAAUGUUACCAUAUUGCGCAUAUCUCGCAGGGUAUUUGAAACGAAACUGCAAGACCAAUGUCUCAUCGGAAGAUAAAGGUGUUUUCUCCUUGUUUUAAAAUUCAGGUUGUAGGAACAAUGUUGCACUAGUCAGAUACUUUUGUGAACACUUUCAAACAUUUCUCCGUAAAUCCACUUCCCAAUUUAGUUUGUCAGUCUUUUUCAAGUAACACCAAACUUCUUAUUAUUUUCUUCUUUUUUAAAAAAUGUUGCUUUGCAAGUGUGCAUAGUUUCUGCUAUACCUUUAACUUUUGCUCUCUUCAUUUUCUGAUAUUUUGAGACAUGUUGUGUUGUAUUGGACUUGUGUGAUUGGACUUUGACUGAGAUUGUAAUCAUCUGGUUGGUUAUAGAGAUGGAUGCCCCAGUAGUGCCAUGUUGAAGAUUCUGUGGCACCCCUGGGAAACUAUGUUUCUGAGAUGUAUUUGUGUUGGAAGAAUACAAGUAUUUAUUUUGUUAA